UGAUUGAACACCUGAAAAGAUUUCAACAUCUCGUGUCCAAUGUUCUGCUAAUGAUAAGGAAACACUUCGAUAAAUCUGAUUUGAUAUGAUGAUGAUACCGCUGGUUACGAGACAGUUGUUCGUUCGAUCUGGGAAAGGGAAUAAUGUCAAAUGAAUAUCUAAGUAACUCGAAGCUCUCGUUAAUGUAUCCGAGAAUUCGGCAAGUCGUAAAUAAAUUCGCAAGGUGACAGAACGAAGAAUCUGCGAAAUAAAGUAAAUCGGUGAUUACAGUGAUUGUUAUAAAAUUACACAGAAAGAGUGAAUAUAUUCGGCAGUGAAACAAAGCGCGGUAAAAUAAAUAAUACGUACGGUCGGGCGUUUAACGCGUGGAAGGAUUUAGAACGUGGAAAUGAGAAUUCGUUUGAAAAAGUGUGUAUUGUCGAAGGGUGGUACUUAUCGCAUUAAUCUCGCUCGUAAUUGAUUUGUCUGUGAUAAUACUAGCUUGAACACGAAGCUGCGAGUCCAAUUCUCGUUGUCGCUGAUAUCGUAGGACAUCGACCGCCACUGAGAUACGGGAUCGAGGGACAUUCGGGACAUCCUCUUCGGUGUAAGUCCUUCGAUUAGUGCUCCUUGAGUUACACAGCCCCGCAAUAUGCCGCGACCGGGAGCGUUCAGUCUUCUUUUCGUGCUCUAUUUCGUCCUAAUCUCGGCGGAUGAACAAUAUAAAUGCUCGUGGUACGGAGAAUGCGGAAGAUCAGUGGUAUUUCCGCGGACAUGCGUGGCGAAAGAUGUUGUUCCCCGGCUGAUCGACGACGCGUCGGCCGAAGCUCUUCUCCAGAAGAAAUGUCCGCAUCUCUUCGAGAACGGCGAAUCACCAAAAACAUGCUGCGAUGCCAAACAAAUUGCCACGAUGGCAAGCAAUAUGGGUACGGCGGAAAGUAUUUUUGGCAGGUGUCCGACCUGCGUGAGAAAUAUGUUUCGAUUGAUCUGCGACAUGACUUGCAGUCACGAGCAGGGUCGAUUCGUGAAAGUGACCAAUAGUUCCGAAGACAACGGCUUAGAGUAUGUCGUUGAAUCUGAGGUUCAUGUCACGGAAAAAUUCAUAAAUGAAACAUACGAUUCCUGCAGCAAGGUUGUCAAUCCUACGAGCGGAAGUUAUGCCAUGGAGUUGGCCUGCGGCCCGCACGGAGCCAGUAGGUGCUCACCGAAAUUGUGGUACGACUUCAUGGGCAAUAUCAAAACGAACCCUUACAUACCCUUCCAGAUAACAUAUGUUUAUGACGCAGCUGAAGAAUGGGGCGACGAGCCGUGGAAUGCUACGACUAAAAAUUGCAGCGAGGCUUAUGACGACUCGUCUAAGGCUUGCAGCUGCGUCGACUGUCCCAUCGCGUGCCCCUACAUAGAAUUAAAAAUUAAAGACUCAGAUUCGUUUAGAAUCGGCGAAUUCAAUGGCUACGGAGUUAUAGCAGCUAUAGUAGUCGUUUUAAUCACGAUCAUUUUAACUGUUUUAGUAAAAUUUGGAACAGGUGGCAUACGUAAUUUGUUAAAAAAUAGGAAAAAAGAUUCUACGAGAACGUCAACGAAAAGGACGGACGGAGAUUGUAGACAAAGUUAUCAAAAAAUUUUCGAAGUAGCCUUUGCUAGAUGGGGAACAGCGUUUGCCAAAUAUCCUAUUAUCUCUCUGUUCACGACCUCAUAUAUCGUUCUUGGUCUGAGUUACGGAAUCAUGUAUCUCUCGGUGACGGUAAAUCCUAUUGAAAUAUGGGCAGCGCCGAGUAGCAGAUCAAGAAUAGAAAAAAAUUAUUACGAUAAUCGAUUUCAACCAUUUUAUAGAACCGAGCAAAUCUAUAUAAAAUCUGUUGAUGUUGAUAAGAUAAAACAUAAUACUGUGAACGGAGUUAUAGAGUUUGGACCGGUGUUUAACGAGACUUUUUUGCUAGCUGUGUAUAAACUGCAGGAGCAGAUUCUUCAAUUAGGCCAAAAAACUGGCGAAGGAUUGGAAAAAAUCUGUUAUGCUCCCGUACAAAGUGAUUUUAUUGGACCAGUUACUCUUGACCUCUGCACUGUACAAAGCGUAUGGGGAUACUUCCAAAAUGACAUCAAAAAGUUUAAUGAUACAGAGAAUUCCGAGGGAUAUGAAAUUAAUUAUCUGGAUCACUUGUACAAAUGUAUGCAAAAUUCUUUUGAUCCAACGUGCCUGGCGCCGUACAAAGGGCCCAUAAUACCUGCUAUAGCAAUCGGAGGUUUUCUGAGAGAAAAAGAGUUUAAUUAUGAUUCCUCAGAUUAUAUCAAAGCGACUGGAUUAGUUUUAACGUUUCUGGUGAGAAAUUCGCUUGAUGAGAAAGCUCUCGAACCGGUCUAUAAAUGGGAACAACGUUUCCUCGACUUUAUGGAAAAAUGGGAUCGAGAUGAUCGACCGAACUUCAUGGACGUCGCAUGGUCUACGGAAAAAUCGAUACAGGACGAAUUAGAUAGGACAUCGAAAGCGGAAGUCAUAACGGUGGUCAUCAGUUACCUUCUCAUGUUCGUUUAUGUCGCCUUCGCUCUCGGCAAGAUCAAGGCUUCCGUUGUUGGUUGUUUUACCGGAAGCAAAAUCGUAUUGAGCAUCGGAGGUAUCAUCAUAGUUAUAGCAUCGGUUGGUUGUUCUCUCGGCAUUUUCGGCUAUAUUGGCGUACCAACCACUCUGCUCACAAUCGAGGUAAUUCCUUUCUUAGUGCUAGCAGUCGGAGUCGACAAUAUUUUCAUCUUGGUGCAAAAUCAUCAGAGAAACCCUCGGCGUAUUGAUGAAACGAUUCCAGAGCACAUCGGUAGAGUUCUUUCUGUAGUCGGACCUUCGAUGCUGCUUACCAGCAGCUCUGAAUGUUUCUGCUUUUUAAUUGGAGCGUUUUCGGCGAUGCCAGCGGUCAACACUUUCGCGAUGUACGCCUCGCUAUCGAUUUUAAUUAACUUCCUGCUUCAAAUAACGGCCUUUGUCGGUUUAUUGUCUCUUGAUUCUCGGAGAGCUGAGAAUGAUCGUCUGGACGUUUUGUGCUGCAUUUCCGUCAGGGAUAACUCGAAUGUCGACGAACGCGAUGGUAUCGUUCACACAAUCUUCGAACGCGCCUACACGCCGUUUGUGAUGAAGACACCGGUCCGAAUUGUUGUAGUAGUGAUCUUCGUUGCUAUUCUCACUACUCAUGUCAUUGUCUUACCGCAGAUCGAAGUUGGACUGGAUCAAAAACUCUCGAUGCCCGAAGACUCUUACGUUCUUAAAUAUUUUCAAUAUAUGGAGGAUCUUUUGUCGAUGGGUCCACCUGUAUACUUCGUGCUGACAGAAGGACUGAAUUACAGCAAAAAAGAAGUACAAAAUACUAUAUGCGGCGGUCAGGGAUGCAAUACGGAUUCCUUGUAUACGCAAAUAUACUCAGCCGCUCAACAAUCCAACGUGUCUUACUUGUCUAAAGCAGCUUCGUCUUGGAUAGACGAUUAUCUCGAUUGGUCAGCGAUUAGUGACUGCUGCAGAUAUCAUACAAACAAUCAAUCCUUUUGUCCACAUAAUAACAAAAAUUGUAAGAAAUGCGGGAUUGUCAUUGAUGAGGAUACUUCCCGUCCGAAUGAAACAAGUUUCAGAAAGUACAUCCCUUUCUUUGUGAACGACAUUCCAGAUGAAAACUGUGCCAAAGCUGGCAGAGCUGCUUAUUAUGAUGCAAUGAACUACGAUUAUGACGAGUACGGUUUGACAAAUGUAAAGGAUUCGUACUUCAUGGGUUAUCAUACGCCCUUAAAAGCUUCUUCCGACUGGUACGAGGCAUUGCAUGCUGCUAGGAUAAUAUCAGAAAACAUCACAGACAUGAUAAACGAUGCCCAGGUGUCCAAUCAGAAAGUCUACGUAUUUCCAUAUAGUGUAUUUUACGUAUUCUACGAGCAAUACUUAACCAUCUGGCAAGAAACCUUGUCAUCGAUAAGUUUAUCCCUUGCCGUGAUUUUCGUGGUGACACUAUUUCUCACAGGAUUAUCAUUAUUCUCUGCAGUGAUAGUCGUUCUUACAGUCUUGAUGAUAAUCGUUAAUUUAGCGGGCCUAAUGUAUUGGUGGAGUAUCAGUUUGAACGCGGUUUCUCUCGUAAAUUUAGUUAUGGCGGCUGGCAUCUCUGUAGAAUUCUGCAGCCAUAUAGUGCAUUCAUACAUCACCUCUGUAGCAGAGACAAAAAUUGGCAAAGCGUCGGAUGCUCUUUCCGUCAUGGGAAGUUCUGUAUUUUCCGGAAUCACUUUGACCAAAUUCGUAGGAAUCGUGGUACUGGCAUUCGCAAAGUCGCAGAUCUUUCGAGUUUUUUAUUUCAGAAUGUACUUAGGCAUUGUUUUAUUCGGAGCAGCGCAUGGUCUCAUAUUCUUACCGGUGUUAUUAAGCUUUUUAGGACCUACGUAAGAAAGGCUAACAUAAAGGUUCACGGCGAUAGGAAAGCCAUCCCAUGAUUUGUACAUACUGUAUGCAUUAGACUAAAUACACAAUUUUGUAUUAAUUAACAUGUAAUAACGAUCACCAUGUAUAUAACGGUACUUAUAUUCAGCGAAUUGAUCAGAUGCAAUUUUUUAUCGAGCGUCUUCAUUAUAUCGCGUGCAUUUCACAUUAAAAUAUUUUUCAACGAUA